UCUCUUUUCAUGGCAGAUCUUUUGGCUACCCAAAACUCUUGUACCCUCAAAGAUGAGAAGCAAGAGGAAGAGCACCAAGAAACCCACAAUAAGUUCUUAGAAGUGGUCUCUAUCCUUCCCAAAGACAAAGGAUGGAUAAGAGAACAUCUUCAUCACUACCAAGGCUUUUGGUUUCCGCCAUCACCGCUUCUAGGAGUCAUAACUCUUCAACAAAGUUUCGAGGUUCGACCCACAGAUGUUUUCUUGGCCACCAUACCAAAAUCCGGUACUACUUGGUUUAAGGCCCUUCUCUUUACCAUAAUGAAUCGAAACCUUUAUGAUUAUCAUGACCACCCUUUGCUCACUGGUAACCCCCACAUCCAUGUGCCCUUUUUGGAGCUGUACGCCAGUAAGAACCCAAAUCAGAGGCCCAACCUUUCUCUCUUUUCCACUCAUAUGCCUUAUACUGUUUUACCGGAAUCAAUAUUAGUCUCGGGUUCUCGUAUUGUUUAUGUGUAUCGAGACCCAAAAGACAUGUUUGUUUCUCUGUGGCAUUUUGCCAGCAAGUUGAGAUCCAAGGAACUACCACCCCUAGUUCUAGAAGAGGCAUUUGAGCAGUUUUGCAAGGGAAUUUCACCAUUUGGACCAUUUUGGGAUCACGUUCUUGGGUAUUGGAAAGCAAGCUUAGAAUGGCCUGAUAGAGUGUUGUUCGUAAAAUAUGAGGACAUGAAGAAUGACCCAACACUUCAUGCAAAGAGAUUGGGUGAGUUCAUAGGCUACCCUUUUUCCUUAAAGGAAGAAAAUGAAGGUGUAAUACACAAAGUAUUAGAGCUGUGUAGUUUUGAGAAAUUGAGUAACUUGGAGGUGAAUAAGAACGGAUCAGUCUCCCUCGUCUCGGACUUGGUGAUAGAGAGCAAAACAUUUUUUAGGCAAGGCAAGAUUGGAGACGGAAAGAACUUUCUAACAGCUGAGAUGAUGGAGAAGAUAGAUGGAAUCAUAGAGCAGAGAUUAAGGGAUUUGGUCUGA